AAUGUCCCCCCCGACCUGGCCGUGUGCUGCUUCGUGCUGGAGCAGUCGCUGUCGGUGCGGGCGCUGCAGGAGAUGCUGGCCAACAGCUCCGACAUCGGCAGCGAGUCCUCUCAGGGUGGGGGACACCGGACGCUGCUCUACGGCCACGCCAUCCUGCUGAGGCACUCCCACAGCGGCAUGUACCUGUGCUGCCUGACCACGUCCCGCUCGGUCACCGACAAGCUGGCCUUCGACGUGGGGCUGCAGAAGGAUGCAGCAGGUGAGGCGUGCUGGUGGACGAUGCACCCGGCGUCCAAACAGCGCUCGGAGGGGGAGAAGGUUCGGGUGGGAGACGACCUGAUCCUGGUGAGCGUGUCCUCGGAGAGAUACCUGCACCUCUCCACGGCCUCGGGGGAGCUGCAGGUGGACGCCUCCUUCAUGCAGACCCUGUGGAACAUGAACCCCAUCUGCUCGGGCUCCGAGGAAGGGUUUGUCACCGGCGGCCACGUCCUGCGCCUGUUCCACGGCCACAUGGACGAGUGCCUGACGCCCACGGCCCCCGAGCAGGGCGAGGAGCGCAGCAGCGUCGUCAACUACGAGGGCGGCGCCGUGUGCGCCCACGCCCGGUCCCUGUGGCGCCUGGAGCCCCUGCGCAUCAGCUGGAGCGGGAGCCACCUGCGUUGGGGACAGCCCUUCCGCCUGCGCCACGUCACCACCGGCCGCUACCUGGCGCUGACCGAGGCCACCGGGCUGGCCAUGGUGGAGGCCACGGCGGCCAACACGCGCGUGGCCACCUUCUGCUUCCGGGCCUCCAAGGAGAAGCUGGAGACGCCCCCCAAGCGGGACAUCGAGGGCAUGGGGCCCCCCGAGAUCAAGUAUGGGGAGUCCCUGUGCUUCCUGCAGCACAGCGGCAGCGGCCUCUGGGUCACCUACGCCGCCCCCGACCCCAAGGCCCUGCGCCUCGGGCUGCUCAAGAGGAAGGCCAUCCUGCACCAGGAGGGGCACAUGGAUGAUGCUCUGACCCUGAGCCGCUCCCAGCGCCAGGAGUCGCAGGCGGCUCGGAUGGUCUUCAGCACCACGGGGCUCUACGGGGCCUUCAUCAGGAGCCUGGACAGCCUCCAGGGCCGCCCGCGGGGGUCCCCGCCGCCCCCCCUGCCCAUCGCGGGGGUGAUCCUGAGCCUGCGGGACCUGAUCGGGUACCUGGAGCCGCCGCCGCCCGAGCUGCGGCACGAGCAGCGCCAGGGCCGCCUGAGGGCGCUGCGGGCCCGCCAGAGCCUCUUCCAGCAGGAGGGGAUGCUGACGCUGGUGCUGAGCUGCAUCGACCGCCUGAGCGCCUACAGCACCGCGGCGCAGUUCGGGGAGGCCGCGGGCGAGGAGGCGGCGGCGGCCUGGAAGGAGAUCGUGAACCUGCUCUACGAGCUGCUGGCCUCGCUGAUCCGGGGGAACCGAGCCAACUGCGCGCUCUUCUCCACCAACCUGGACUGGCUGGUCAGCAAACUGGACAGGCUGGAGGCCUCCUCGGGCAUCCUGGAGGUGCUGUACUGCGUGCUGAUCGAGAGCCCCGAGGUGCUGAACAUCAUCCAGGAGAAUCACAUCAAAUCCAUCAUCAGCCUGCUGGACAAGCACGGCCGCAACCACAAGGUGCUGGACGUGCUGUGCUCGCUGUGCGUCUGCAACGCCGUCGCCGUGCGCUCCAACCAGAACCUGAUCACCGAGAACCUGCUGCCCCGGCGGGACCUGCUGCUGCAGACCGGCAUGGUCAACUACGUCACCAGCGUGCGCCCCAACCUGUUUGUGGGCACGGCCCCGGGCUCCACGCAGUUCCGCUGCUGGUACUUCGAGGUGGCCGUGGAGCGCGCCCAGCCCUUCGUCACGGCCGUGCCCACCCACCUGCGCGUGGGCUGGGGGGCGGCCGGGGGCUUCCGGCCCGCCCCGGGCGGGGGCGCGGGCUGGGGCGGCAACGGCGCCGGGGACGACCUCAACUCCUUCGCCUUCGACGGCCUCCACCUGUGGACAGGGGGUGUCCCCAAGGCCGUGGGGUCACCCCAACGCCGCGCCCUGGCCGAAGGGGACGUGGUCAGCUGCUGCCUGGACCUGGGGGUCCCCAGCGCCUCCUUCCGCCUCAACGGGGCCCCGGUGCAGGGGGUGCUCGAGGGCUUCAACCUGGACACGCUGUUCAGCCCCGUGGCCAGCUUCUCGGCGGGGGUCCGGCUGCGGUUCCUGCUGGGGGGCCGGCACGGCGAGUUCCGUUUCGUGCCCCCUCCCGGGUACGCCCCCUGUGCCGAGGCGCUGCUGCCCCGGGAGCGGCUGCGGCUGGAGCCGCUCACCGCCUACCGCGGCUCGGCCCCGCCCGGCGCCCGCAGCCUGCUGGGGCCCAGCCGCGCCCUGCCCCACACCGCCUUCACCCCCUGCCCCGUGGACACCUGCCAGAUCGUGCUGCCCCCACACCUGGAGCGCAUCCGGGAGAAGCUGGCGGAGAACAUCCACGAGCUCUGGGCCCUGACCCGCAUCGAGCAGGGCUGGACCUACGGGCCUGUCCGGGAUGACGUGCAGCGCCUGCACCCCUGCUUGCUGAGCUUCCACAGCCUCCCCGAGCCCGAGCGCGGCUACAACCUGCAGAUGUCGGGGGAGACCCUCAAGACGCUGCUGGCCCUGGGCUGCCACGUGGGGAUGGCGGACGAGAAGGCCGAGGAGAACCUGAAGAAAUACAAACUGCCCAAAACGUACACCAUGUCCAACGGGUACACGGCCCCGCUGGACCUGUCCCACGUGCGGCUGACGCCGGCCCAGCUGACCCUGGUCGAUCGCCUGGCCGAGAACGGCCACAACGUCUGGGCCCGGGACCGGUGCAGAGGGCUGGACUACAGCACCACGCAGGACAUCAAGAACAAGCGGAACCCUCGGCUGGUGCCCUACAACCUGCUGGACGAGGGCACCAAGGCCACCAACCGCGAGAGCCUGUGCCAGGCCGUGCGCACCCUGCUGGGCUACGGCUACAACAUCGAGCCCCCGACCAGGAGACGCUCCUCUCAGGGUGUCCCCCCCGGUGGUCCCCGCGCCCCCCGGCCGCGGCUGUUCCGCGCAGACCGGGGCUCGGCCGUGCGCAGCGGCCGCUGGUACUUCGAGUUCCAGGCGGUGACGGCCGGGGAGAUGCGCGUGGGCUGGGCCCGGCCCGGGCUGAGACCCGACACCGAGCUGGGCGCCGACGACAUGGCCUUCGUCUUCAACGGGCACCGGGCCCAGCGGUGGCACGUGGGGGGCGAGUCCUUCGGGCGCCCCUGGCAGGCUGGGGACGUCGUGGGCUGCCUCAUCGACCUGGGCGAGUGCCACAUGAGCUUCACCCUCAACGGGGAGGUGCUGAUCGGGGACGGCGGCUCCGAGGUGGCCUUCAGGGACUUCGAGGUGGCCGACGGCUUUGUGCCCGUGUGCAGCCUGGGGCUGGGCCAGGAGGGGCACCUGAACCUGGGCCAGGACGUUGGCACCCUGCGCUACUUCGGCAUCUGCGGCCUCCAGGAGGGCUACGAGCCCUUUGCCAUCAACAUGAAACGCCCCAUCGCCCUCUGGUUCAGCCACAGCCUGCCCCAGUUCAUCCCCGUGCCCCCCGAGCACCCCCAGCUCGAGGUGACCCGCCUGGACGGCACCGUGGACACCCCUCCGUGCCUCCGCCUGUCGCACCGCAGCUCCGGGACGCCCGCGGCGCCGCCGGAGCUGCUGUUCCUGCGGCUGAGCCUGCCGGUGCAGUUCCACGGCACGUUCCGCUGCACGCCCGGCGCCACGCCGCUGCCGCAGGCGCCGCCGCCGGAGCCCCCCGAGGACGCGGGCGCGGAGCCGCUGUCCGAGUUCGAGCGGCUGCGGCGCUCGGCCGGGCCCCGCAGCGCCGAGGGGGACGAGGGAGCCGAGAAGGGAGCGCCGGGGGCGGCGCCCGGGGCUGCUGCCGGUGCUGCUGCCGCCGCUGCGGCCCGGGAGCCGCCGCGGGGAGAGAACGAGAAGGACGCGACCACCGAGAAGAGCAAGACCAGGAGGGGGUUCCUGUUCAAGGGCCGGAAGACGCCGUUCGCGCCCCCCCCCGCGCCCCCUCCCGUGCCCAGGCUGGAGGAGGACGUGGUGCCCGACGAACGCGACGACCCCGAGGUCAUCAUGAACACCACCACGUACUAUUACUCGGUGCGGCUGUUUGCGGGCCAGGAGCCAGGCAGUGCCUGGGUGGGCUGGGUCACCCCCCAUUUCCACCAGCACGACCCCGAUUUCGAGCUGAGCCGCGUGCGCAGCGUCACCGUCACCAUGGGCGACGACCGCGGCAACGUGCACGACAGCAUCAAGCGCAGCAACUGCUACAUGGUGUGGGGGGGGGAGUUUGCGACCCCCACCCAGCAGGCCAGGGUGUCCCACACGGACCUGGUCAUCGGCUGCCUGGUGGACCUGGCCACGGGGCUCAUGACCUUCACAGCCAACGGCAAAGAGAUCAACACCUUCUUCCAGGUGGAGCCCAACACCAAACUGUUCCCGGCGGUGUUCGUGCAGCCCACCACCCAAAAUGUGCUCCAGUUUGAGCUGGGCAAGCUCAAGAACAUCAUGCCCAUCUCGGCGGCCAUGUUCAGCAGCGAGAGGCAGAACCCGGCGCCGCAGUGCCCGCCCAGGCUGGUGAUCCAGCACCUGACCCCGGUCACCUGGAGCCGCAUGCCCACCGAGUACCUGGCCGUGGAGAGCGCCCGGCUGGGCGAGCGCCAGGGCUGGGCCGUGGAGUGCUCCGAGCCCCUGCAGAUGAUGGCCCUGCACAUCCCCGAGGAGGACAGGUGCAUCGACAUCCUGGAGCUGUGGGAGCGCGAGGAGCUGCUGCAGUUCCAGUGCCACACGCUGCGCCUCUACUGCGCCGUGUGCGCGCUGGGCAACAACCGCGUGGCGCACGCGCUGUGCAGCCACGUGGACCAGGCCCAGCUGCUCUUCGCCAUCGAGAGCCCCGAGCUGCCGGGGCCCCUGCGCGCCGGCUACUACGACCUGCUGCUGGCCAUGCACCUGGACGCGGCGCAGCGCGCCCGCUCCUCCAUGAGCGCCGAGUUCAUCGUGCCCAUCACCGAGGCCACGCGCGCCAUCGCGCUCUUCCCCGACGGAGGCCGCUGCCCGGGGCCCCCGGGCGUGGGGCCCAGCGCCUGCCUGAGACCCCAGCCCCAUUUCUCGGAGCCGUGCUUUAUCCGGGCGGGGGGCGGCGGGGGGCGGGCGCCGCUCAGCCCGGCCAUCCCGCUGGACGAGCUGGGGGCCAAGGCCAUGCGCAUGCUGGCCGAGGCCGUGGCCGGAGGGGGUCCCCACGCCCGGGACCCCGUGGGGGGCAGCGUGGAGUUCCAGUUGGUGCCGGUGCUCAAACUGGUGUCGGCGCUGCUGGCCGUGGGAGCGCUGGGCGACGACGACGUGCGGCGAGUGCUGCGCAUGAUCGAGCCCCGCGUGUUCGGAGGAGGAGAGGAGGAGGAGGAGGAGGAGGAGGGAGUGAGGAGGAGGAAGGCCAUCGAGGCUGGAGAGCUGCAGGCGGAGGAGGAGGAUGAGGAGGAGGCCAGGAGGACGAAGGCCAUUGAGGCUGGGGAGGUGCAGGAGGAGGAGGAGGAGAAGGAGGAAGAGGAAGAGCUGGAGGAGGGGCUGCUGCAGAUGAAGCUGCCGGAGUCGGUCAAGCUGCAGAUGUGCCACCUGCUGCAGCACCUGUGCGAGCGGGAGCUGCAGCACCGCGUCGAGGCCAUCGUGGCGUUCUCGGAGCGCCACGUGCAGCGGCUGCAGCGGGACCAGCGGCGCCGCUACGGGCGCCUCAUGCGCGCCCUGACCAUGUCGGCGGCAGAGACCGCCCGGCGCACCCGCGAGUUCCGCUCGCCGCCGCAGGAACAGAUCAACAUGCUGAUGCAGUACAAGGGAGGGGCUGAGGAUGAGGAGUGUCCCGUGCCUGGGGACAUCCGGGACGAGCUGCUGGACUUCCACAAUGACCUGCUGGCCCACUGCGGCAUCGAGCUGACGGAGGAGGAAGAGGAGGAGGAGGAGGAGACGUCGCUGCGGCAGCGGCUGCUGGGGCUGGUGCAGAAGGUGGUGGGGGUCCGGGGCCCCCCCAAGGAGGAGGAGACGCCCCCCGAGGAGCCCCCGGUGCCCAGCACGCUGCAGGAGCUGAUCUCGCAGACCAUGGUGCACUGGGCGCAGGAGUCGUUCAUCCAGAGCCCGGCGCUGGUGCGGGCCAUGUUCAGCCUGCUGCACCGGCAGUACGACGCGCUGGGCGAGCUGGGCCGGGCGCUGCCCAAGGCCUACGCCAUCAGCGCCACCUCGGUGCCCGACACCACGGCCCUGCUCGAGUGCCUGGGCCAGAUCCGCUCGCUGCUCAUCGUGCAGAUGGGCCCCGAGGAGGAGAACCUCAUGAUCCAGAGCAUCGGGAACAUCAUGAACAACAAGGUGUUCUACCAGCACCCCAACCUGAUGCGGGCCCUGGGCAUGCACGAGACGGUGAUGCAGGUGAUGGUCAGCGUGCUGGGCGGUGGCGAGUCCAAGGAGAUCCGGUUCCCCAAGAUGGUGACCAACUGCUGCCGCUUCCUCUGCUACUUCUGCCGCAUCAGCCGCCAGAACCAGCGCUCCAUGUUCGACCACCUGGGCUACCUGCUGGAGAACAGCGGCAUCGGCCUGGGCAUGCAGGGCUCCACCCCCCUGGACGUGGCGGCCGCCUCCGUCAUCGACAACAACGAGCUGGCGCUGGCCCUCAAGGAGCAGGACCUGGAGAAGGUGGUGACGUACCUGGCGAGCUGUGGCCUGCAGAGCUGCCCCAUGCUGCUGGCCAAGGGUUACCCCGACAUCGGCUGGAACCCCUGCGGGGGUGAGAAGUACCUGGACUUCCUGCGCUUCGCCGUCUUCGUCAACGGGGAGAGCGUGGAGGAGAACGCCAACGUGGUGGUGCGGCUGCUGAUCCGGCGUCCCGAGUGCUUCGGGCCGGCGCUGCGGGGCGAGGGCGGCUCGGGGCUGCUGGCCGCCAUCCAGGACGCCCUGAGCAUCGCCCAGGACCCCGCCCGGGACGGGCCCAGCGGCCGCAGGGAGAGGAGGCCGUUCGGGCCCGAGGAACCCCCCGAGGAGAACCGGGUGCACCUGGGCCACGCCAUCAUGUCCUUCUACGCCGCCCUCAUCGACCUGCUGGGCCGCUGCGCCCCCGAGAUGCACCUGAUCCAGGCGGGGAAGGGGGAGGCCCUGCGGAUCCGGGCCAUCCUGCGCUCGCUCGUCCCGCUCGAGGACCUGGUGGGGAUCAUCAGCCUCCCCCUGCAGAUCCCGGCGCUGGGAAAAGAUGGGAACGUGGUGGAGCCCCGCAUGGCCGCCAGCUUCGUCCCCGAGCACAAGGCGCCCAUGGUGCUGUUCCUGGACCGCGUUUAUGGCGUGCAGAACCAGGAGUUCCUGCUCCACGUGCUGGAAGUGGGGUUCCUGCCCGACAUGCGUGCGGCCGCCUCGCUGGACACGGCCACGUUCAGCACGACGGAGAUGGCGCUGGCGCUGAACCGGUACCUGUGCCUGGCGGUGAUGCCGCUCAUCACCAAGUGCGCGCCGCUGUUCGCGGGCACCGAGCACCGCGCCAUCAUGGUGGACUCCAUGCUGCACACCAUCUACCGCCUGUCGCGCGGCCGCGCCCUCACCAAGGCCCAGCGCGACGCCAUCGAGGAGUGCCUCAUGGCCCUCUGCAGGUACAUCCGCCCCUCGAUGCUGCAGCACCUCCUGCGCCGCCUCGUCUUCGACGUGCCCAUCCUCAACGAGUUCGCCAAGAUGCCCCUCAAGCUGCUGACCAACCACUACGAGCGCUGCUGGCGGUACUACUGCCUGCCCAGCGGCUGGCCCAACAUGGGCGUCAGCUCCGAGGAGGAGCUGCACCUCACCAGGAAGCUCUUCUGGGGCAUCUUCGACUCCCUGGCGCACAAGAAGUUCGAGGCCGAGCUCUACAAGCUGGCCAUGCCGUGUCUCUGCGCCAUCGCCGGCGCGCUCCCGCCCGACUACGUGGACGCCAGCUACUCGUCCCGCACCGAGAAGAAGGCCUCGGUGGACGCCGAGGGCAACUUCGACCCCAAACCCGUCGAGACCCUCAAUGUCAUCAUCCCCGAGAAGCUCGACGGUUUCAUCAACAAAUACGCCGAGUACACGCACGAGAAGUGGGCUUUCGACAAGAUCCAGAACAAUUGGACUUUUGGGGAGACCGUGGACGAAGAAGCCAAAACCCACCCGAUGCUGAGACCCUACAAAACCUUUUCUGAGAAGGACAAGGAGAUUUACCGGUGGCCCAUCAAGGAGUCCCUCAAGGCCAUGCUGGCCUGGGAGUGGACGGUGGAGAAGGCGCGGGAAGGGGAGGACGAGCGCGCGGAGAAGAAGAAAACGCGAAAAAUCUCCCAAAACGCCCAGGCCACCUACGACCCCUCCCAUGGGUACAGCCCCCAGCCCGUGGACCUGAGUGGGGUCACUCUGUCCAGGGAGCUGCAGGCCAUGGCGGAGCAGUUGGCUGAGAACUACCACAACACCUGGGGCCGCAAGAAGAAGCUGGAGCUGGAGGCCAAGGGAGGGGGCUCCCACCCGCUGCUGGUGCCCUACGACACGCUGACGGCCAAGGAGAAGGCGCGGGACCGCGAGAAGGCCCAGGAGCUGCUCAAGUUCCUGCAGCUGCACGGAUACGCCGUGACCCGGGGGCUCAAGGACAUGGAGCUGGACACGUCGUCCAUCGAGAAACGCUUCGCCUUCGGCUUCCUGCAGCAGCUGCUGCGCUGGAUGGACAUCGCCCAGGAGUUCAUUGCGCACCUGGAGGCCGUGGUCAGCAGCGGGAGGGUGGAGAAAUCCCCCCACGAGCAGGAGAUCAAGUUCUUCGCCAAGAUCCUGCUGCCCCUCAUCAACCAGUACUUCCACAACCACUGCCUCUAUUUCCUGUCCACCCCGGCCCAGGUGCUGGGCAGCGGCGGCCACGCCUCCAACAAGGAGAAGGAGAUGAUCACCAGCCUCUUCUGCAAACUGGCCGCGCUCGUCCGGCACCGCGUGUCCCUGUUCGGCACAGACGCCCCGGCCGUGGUGAACUGUCUGCUCAUCCUGGCACGGUCCCUGGACGCCAGGACGGUGAUGAAGUCGGGCCCCGAGAUCGUCAAGGCCGGGCUGCGCUCGUUCUUCGAGUCGGCGGCCGAGGACAUGGAGAAGUUGGGGGAGCAGCUGCGGCUGGGCCGGGGGACCCCGACCCGCGCCCCCACCAAGGGCGUGGCCCAGAAUGUCACCUACACCUCGGUGGCACUGCUGCCCGUGCUCACCGCCCUGUUCGAGCACCUGGCACAGCACCAGUUCGGGGACGACGUCAUCUUGGACGACGUGCAGGUGUCCUGUUACCGCAUCCUGUGCAGCAUCUACAGCCUGGGCACCGCCCGCGGGCCCCUCGUGGACAGGCAGAGGCCGGCCCUGGGCGAGUGCCUGGCCCGCCUGGCCGCCGCCAUGCCCGUGGCCUUCCUGGAGCCGCAGCUGAACCACCUGAACCCCAGCUCCGUGUACAGCACCAAGAGCGCCCGCGAGCGCGCCCUGCUGGGCCUCCCGUCCCGCGUCGAGGAGCUGUGCCCGGACCUGCCGGACCUGGAGCGCCUCAUGGGUGACAUCGGCGGCCUGGCGGACUCGGGCGCGCGCUACACGGAGAUGCCGCACGUCAUCGAGGUGGCGCUGCCCAUGCUGUGCCACUACCUGCCCCGCUGGUGGGAGCGCGGCCCCGACGCCGCCCCCCAGGGCCCCUGGGCCACCGAGGUCACCGGGCACCACCUCAACGCUGCUGGGCCACAUCCUGCGCAUCGUGGUCAACAACCUGGGCAUCGACGAGGCCUCCUGGAUGAAGAGGCUGUUUUCGCCCAGCCCAUCGUGAGCAAGGCGCGGCCGGAGCUGCUGCGCUCCCAUUUCAUCCCCACGCUGGGGCGGCUGCGCAAGCGCGCGGGGAAGGUGGUGGCCGAGGAGGAGCAGCUGCGGCUCGAGGGCAAGGCCGAGGCCGAGGACGCCGAGCUGCUGAUCCGCGACGAGUUCUCGGUGCUCUGCCGCGACCUCUACGCGCUCUACCCGCUGCUCAUCCGCUACGUGGACAACAGCCGGGCCAAGUGGCUGACGGAGCCCAACGAGGACGCCGAGGAGCUGUUCCGCAUGGUGGGCGAGGUCUUCAUCUACUGGUCCAAGUCUCACAACUUCAAGCGUGAGGAGCAGAACUUUGUGGUGCAGAACGAGAUCAACAACAUGUCCUUCCUGACGGCCGACAGCAAGAGCAAGAUGGCCAAGUCUGGAGAUGGACAGGGAGGUGGCUCGGAGCAGGAGCGCUCCAAGAAGCGCCGCCGCGGGGACAGGUACUCGGUGCACACCUCGCUCAUCGUGGCCACGCUCAAGAAGAUGCUGCCCAUCGGCCUCAACAUGUGCUCACCUGCCGACCAGGAGCUGAUCGCGCUGGCCAAGGGCCGCUACGCCCUGAAGGACACGGACGAGGAGGUUCGGGAGUUCCUGCACAACAACCUGCACCUGCAGGACAAGGUGGAGAACACGGGCUCGGCUCGCUGGCAGAUGGCCCUGGUGCGCCAGGCCGGGCGGGACGAGGACCCCGACAGCCCCGAGCAGGUCGUGCGCCGGGUGCAGGAGGUGUCGGCCGUGCUCUACCACCUCGAGCAGACAGAGCACCCCUACAAGUCCAAGAAGGCCGUGUGGCACAAGCUCCUGUCCAAGCAGCGCCGCCGCGCCGUCGUCGCCUGCUUCCGCAUGACGCCCCUGUACAACCUGCCCAGGCACCGUGCCUGUAACAUGUUCCUCGAGUCCUACCGGCUCUCGUGGCUGGCCCGGGAGCGGCCGCCCUUCGAGGACCGAAUGAUCGACGACCUCUCGAAGUCGGGGCGGGAGGAGGAGGAGGAGGAGGAAGAGGCGGAGGCGCGGCCGGACCCGCUGCACCAGCUGAUCCUGCACUUCAGCCGCACCGCCCUCACCGAGCAGAGCCACCUGGAGCAGGAUCACCUGUACAUGGCCUACGCCGGCAUCAUGGCCAAGAGCUGCCACAUCGAGGAGGGGGAGGAGGAGGAGAAGGAGGAAGAGGAGAAGGAAGAGGAAGAAGCCGAGGAUUCCUUUGAGGAGAAGGAGAUGGAGAAGCAGAAGCUGCUGUCGCAGCAGGCCCGGCUGCACACGCGGGGGGCGGCCGAGAUGGUGCUGCAGAUGAUCAGCGCCUGCAAGGGUGAGCGGGGGGCCAUGGUCUCCUCCACGCUCAAGUUGGGCAUCUCCAUCCUCAACGGGGGCAACGCCGACGUGCAGCAGAAGAUGCUGGAGUACCUCAAGUCCAAGCGCGAGGUCGGCUUCUUCCAGAGCGUGCAGGCGCUGAUGCAGACCUGCAGUGUCCUGGACCUGAACGCCUUCGAGCGGCAGAACAAGGCCGAGGGGCUGGGCAUGGUCACCGAGGAGGGCACCAUCAUCAGCCGGGAGAACGGGGAGAAGGUGAUGUCGGACGAUGAAUUCACCCAGGACCUGUUCCGGCUGCUGCAGCUGCUCUGCGAGGGCCACAACAACGACUUCCAGAACUACCUGCGGACGCAGACGGGGAACACGACCACCAUCAACAUCAUCAUCUGCACCGUGGAUUACCUGCUGCGCCUGCAGGAGUCCAUCAGUGACUUCUACUGGUACUACUCGGGCAAGGACGUCAUCGACGAGCAGGGCAAGAGGAACUUCUCCAAGGCCAUGGCCGUGGCCAAGCAGGUGUUCAACAGCCUCACCGAGUACAUCCAGGGCCCCUGCACGGGGAACCAGCAGAGCCUGGCCCACAGCCGCCUCUGGGACGCCGUCGUCGGCUUCCUGCACGUCUUCGCUCACAUGAUGAAGAAACUGGCACAGGACUCGUCCCAGCUGGGGCUGCUGAAGGAGCUGCUGGACCUGCAGAAGGACAUGGUGGUGAUGCUGCUGUCCCUGCUCGAAGGGAACGUGGUGAACGGCACCAUCGCCCGGCAGAUGGUGGACAUGCUGGUGGAGUCCUCCAGCAACGUCACCAUGAUCCUCAAGUUCUUCGACAUGUUCCUGAAGCUGCGCGACAUCGUCUCGUCCGACGCCUUCCGCCACUUCGUCACCGACCCGCGCGGGCUCAUCUCCAAGAAGGACUUCCAGAAGGCCAUGGACAGCCAGAAGCAGUACGAGCCCGACGAGAUCCAGUUCCUGCUCUCGUGCUCCGAGGCCGACGAGAACGAGAUGAUCGACGUCGAGAGCUUCGCCCAGCGCUUCCAGGAGCCGGCGCGCGACAUCGGCUUCAACGUGGCCGUGCUGCUGACCAACCUGUCGGAGCACGUGCCGCACGACCAGCGCCUCAAGACCUUCCUGGAGCAGGCCGAGAGCAUCCUGGAUUAUUUCCGCCCCUUCCUGGGGCGCAUCGAGAUCAUGGGGGCGGCGCGGCGCAUCGAGCGCAUCUACUUCGAGAUCAGCGGCGCCAACAAGGCGCAGUGGGAGAUGCCGCAGGUCAAGGAGUCCAAGCGGCAGUUCAUCUUCGACGUGGUCAACGAGGGCGGCGAGGCCGAGAAGAUGGAGCUCUUCGUCAACUUCUGCGAGGACACCAUCUUCGAGAUGCAGAUCGCCUCGCGCAUCUCCGAGGAGGAGGCGCCGCGCGACGGAGGAGGGGAGGAGGAGGACGAGGACAGGGAGGAAGAGGAGCCGGGCGAGGCGCCGGCGGCGGCGCCGCCGCUGCCGGGUCUGGGGGCGCUCCGGCGGAUUUUGGGGUCCCCCCAGACGUGGCGCCGCAAGAUCAGGAGGCUGCGCAAGAAGUCGGGGCGGGAGCUGGCGUGGGAGGCCGGGGCGGGCGUGGGCAGGGCGGCCGUGGGGGGGCUCCUGGGCGGGCUGGGGGUGCUGGGGGCCGUGGGGCGCCUGGCCUGGAGCUCGCUCUUCGGCGGGGGGCUGGUGGAGGGGGCGCAGCGCCUGGGCGUCAUCGAGGUGCUGGGCUCCAUGCCCGACCCCACGCAGGACGCGGUGGGGCGGCGGGGAAGGAGGGCCGGGCGACGAGGGGGGACCCCCGGAGGCCGAGCAGCCCCCGAGGCGCAGCUGGAGGCGGCGCCCGCCGGGGAGGAGGAGGAGGAGGAGGAGGAGGAGGAGGAGGAGGAGAGGAGGAGGAGGGAGGCGAAGGCGGCGCUGCCGGCGGGGGCCGGGGGCCGCAAGGAGCCCCACUUCAGGCUGGCGGCUCCCGACGCGCCCGGGGGGCUCGGGGAUAUCGGGGAGCCCCCCGGCGCUGAGCCCCCCACGCCGGAGGGGACCCCCAUCCUGCGCAGGAAGAUCGGGGAGAUGGCGGAGCAGGUGGGGGAGGGGCAGAAGGAGGAGGAGCCCCCCCCGGCCGAGACCGAGAAAGCCGACACAGAGAACGGCGAGAAGGGCGGGGAGGGCCCCGAGGAGGGGCCGGAGCCCCGAGCCCCCUCCCCAAAAAGGCUGAAAUCGGUGCCCGGGGGGCGGCGCGAGACCCCCAGCGAGGGCGGCUUCGACUUCUGGGGGGGACUGGAGGUGCAGAGGGUGAAAUUCCUGAAUUACCUGUCGAGGAAUUUCUACAACCUGCGCUUCCUGGCGCUGUUCCUGGCCUUCGCCAUCAACUUCAUCCUCCUCUUCUACAAGGUGUCCGAGCACCCCCCGGGCGCCCCGGAGGAGCCCGAGGGUUCUGGGGUGGCCCCCGAGGAGGACGGGGGGGUCUCUGGGGGCGCGGAGCCCCCCGGGGGGGUCCCCGAGGAGCCCGAGGUUUAUUAUUUCCUGGAGGAGAGCACGGGCUACAUGGGGCCGGCGCUGCGGGGGCUGGCGCUGGCGCACACGCUGGUGGCCUUCCUGUGCAUCAUCGGCUACAACUGCCUCAAGAUCCCCCUGGUGAUCUUUAAGAGGGAGAAGGAGGUGGCGCGGCGCCUCGAGUUCUCGGGGCUCUACAUCACCGAGCAGCCCGACGACGACGACGUCAAGGGACAGUGGGACCGCCUGGUGCUCAACGCCCA